CUGGGUGGUCUCCCUCUCUCUCCACUUUGGUGAGCUGUUGCUUAGCAGCUAAUAAUAGGAGAUGUUUGCAAAGUAAUUUGCCUCUUCCUCGGCCAAUGAGAACCAGAGCACUUUUCCAUCAAACCACCCUUUUCAGGAUUUGUAAAGAGGCUACCUUCUCCAAAUGUUACUGCUACAGGAUCAGAAGCAGACUAAGAAAUCUGCUCGCGACUUUCCUCUGGUUUAAAACGUUGUUUUAUAAGCUAUCGGGACGGAUGAAGACCGAAGGAUUUAUACGGAUUCGGGCACAUAAUGUUGGGAUGGAGUUGCAAGACUUUGACUCAAGGAAAGACUAGUGAAUAUUCUAACUUUUGUCCAGUGGAUGCGCUUAUUCUCUAUAUUGGAUUACUAUCGCGUCAGUUAAACGCAAAAAGUUUCUUAACUUUUUUCUGUGCUCCGUUUUCUCAUUUGGACUAUGGCCUCGGAUCCCAGAGUCCCCGGGGCCGGUGUUUUUGGAGAUUUACCCCCCAGUUAUACGCAUUCCCCGCCGGCUGUGAGCUCAGAUCUUCUCCGAAGACCUAGUUAUUGCCACGCCGCUGUCGCGUUAAAACAGAUUUCUAAGGGGAAGGCUGUGGGUCAGAAAGCGCCACUGUGGAUUCGGGCGAGAUUCCAGGCCCUCCUCUUUACUCUGGGCUGUCACAUCCAGCGACAUUGUGGAAAGGUCCUUUUCAUUGGACUGCUUGUGUUCGGUGCCUUUUCUGUGGGUUUGCGGGUCGCUGCCAUCGAAACGGACAUCGAGCAGCUAUGGGUGGAAGCUGGAAGCCGUGUGAGCCGUGAACUGCGCUACACGAAGGAGAAGCAGGGAGAAGAGUCCGUGUUCACCUCACAGAUGCUCAUACAAACACCUAAACAGGAAGGAACUAAUAUUCUAACCCAGGAGUCCCUGCUACUGCACCUAGAGGCUGCGCUCUCCGCUAGCAAAGUCAGGUUGUCCCUGUAUGGAAAGUCAUGGGAUCUAAACAAAAUCUGCUUCAAGUCCGGAGUUCCGAAGCAUAGGGGGGGGGGAAGGGGGAAUGUCAUGAUUGAAAGGAUGAUUGACAAGCUCUUCCCGUGUAUGAUUAUAACCCCUCUGGAUUGUUUCUGGGAAGGCUCUAAACUGCAGGGAGGCUCAGCCUACUUACCGGGGAUGCCUGACAUUCAGUGGAUGAACCUGGACCCUCUGAAGCUGAUGGAGGAGCUGAGCCAGUUCACCUCCCUGGAGGGCUUCAAGGAGAUGCUGGACAAGGCCCAGGUGGGACAUGCCUACAUGAACAGGCCCUGCCUCAAUCCCAGCGACUCCGACUGCCCAAACAGCGCCCCCAACAAAGAGCAACGCCAGAGUCCCGACAUUGCCUCUGAGCUGCAGGGUGGUUGCCACGGUUUCUCAAAGAAGUUUAUGCACUGGCAGGAGGAGCUGAUCCUGGGUGGCAGGGCAAAGGAUACCCAGAAUGCUUUGCAGAGUGCGGAGGCCCUCCAGACCAUGUUCCUGCUCAUGAGCCCCAAGCAACUUUAUGAGCAUUUUAAGGACGACUACGAGAUACACGACAUCAACUGGAACGAAGACAAAGCCACCGCUAUCCUGGAGUCCUGGCAGAGGAAGUUUGUUGAGGUGGCCCACCAGAGCGUCCCGCAGAACUCCUCGUCCAGCGUGCACGCCUUCUCCACCACCACGCUCAACGACAUCAUGAAGUCCUUCUCCGACGUCAGCGUCAUCCGAGUGGCCGGCGGCUACCUACUCAUGCUGGCCUACGCCUGUGUGACAAUGCUGCGCUGGGACUGUGCCAAGUCCCAGGGUGCUGUGGGGUUGGCCGGGGUGCUGCUCGUGGCUCUGUCAGUAGCAGCCGGUCUGGGACUGUGCUCUCUGCUGGGCCUCUCCUUCAAUGCAGCCACAACACAGGUGCUUCCGUUUCUGGCCUUGGGGAUCGGAGUGGAUGACAUGUUCCUGCUGGCUCACUCCUUCACAGAGACGGCGUCCAACAUCCCCUUCAAGGACCGGACGGGAGACUGCCUGCGCCGGACUGGCACCAGCGUGGCCCUGACCUCCAUCAACAACAUGAUCGCCUUCUUCAUGGCUGCCUUGGUGCCCAUUCCAGCCCUGAGAGCGUUCUCUCUGCAGGCUGCCAUUGUGGUGGUGUUUAACUUUGCCAUGGUUCUGCUCAUCUUUCCUGCGAUCCUGAGCCUGGACCUGCACCGCCGUGAAGACAAGCGGUUGGAUAUCCUCUGCUGUUUCUACAGCCCCUGCUCCUCGCGCGUCAUUCAGAUCCAGCCGCAGGAGUUCUCGGGGAGCGACAGCCACGGCCGCUCGCCGCCCACGCCCACCUUCACGGGCUCCACCAUCACCACCAGCACACACAUCACCACCACCGUGCAGGCCUUCACGCAGUGCGACGCCGCCGGCCAGCACAUCGUCACCAUCCUGCCGCCCACCUCCCAGAUCUCCACCGGCCCGGCAUCGGUCAUCGUGGGCCCUGCUUCGCCUCCCUCCGCACCCUCAGCCCCGCCCUCCCCCUCCGACGCCUAUGGCUCCCAGCUCUUCACCCCGUCUAGCUCCACGCGGGACCUCCUGGCCCAGGUGGAGGACCCCAAGGAAGGCCGCGACUGCGUGCCACUGCCCUUCUUCCGCUGGAACCUGUCCAGCUUUGCGCGGGAGAAGUAUGCGCCCCUGCUGCUUAAGCCCGAGACCAAGACGGUGGUGGUGGUGGUGUUCGUGGCGCUGCUGGGUCUCAGCCUCUACGGCACCACCAUGGUGCACGACGGCCUCUACCUGACCGACAUCGUGCCGCGCGACACCAAGGAGUACGACUUCAUUGCGGCCCAGUUCAAGUACUUCUCCUUCUACAACAUGUACCUGGUCACUAUGGAUGGCUUCGACUAUGCACGCUCCCAGCGCGAGCUCCUGCAGAUCCACAAUGCCUUCAACUCGGUCAAGUACGUGGUGCGCGACAGUGACCAGAAGCUGCCCCGAAUGUGGCUCCACUUCUUCCAGGACUGGCUGCGAGGACUCCAGGCCACAUUCGACGCAGACUGGGAGGCUGGCAGAAUCACUCACGACAGCUACCGCAACGGAAGCGAGGACGGCGCAUUGGCCUACAAGCUCCUCAUCCAGACGGGCUCCAAGAAGGACCCUUUCAACUACAGCCAGCUGACGUCCAGACGUCUGGUGGACGAUGACGGCCUGAUCCCGGCGGAGGUCUUCUAUAUCUACCUCACAGUGUGGGUCAGCAACGACCCCCUGGGCUAUGCCGCCUCCCAGGCCAACUUUUACCCCAACCCACACGAGUGGAUCCACGACAAGUACGACACCACCGGGGAGAACCUGCGCAUCCCCGCCGCCGAGCCGCUGGAGUUUGCCCAGUUCCCCUUCUACCUGAACGGCCUGCGACAGGCAUCGGACUUCGUGGAGGCCAUCGAGAGUGUGCGCGCCAUCUGCGAGGAGUUCAGCCGCAAGGGCAUCCAGAACUACCCCAACGGCUACCCCUUCCUGUUCUGGGAGCAGUACAUAGGCCUGCGCCACUGGUUCCUGCUGGCCGUUAGUGUGGUGCUGGCCUGUACCUUCCUGGUCUGCGCCCUCCUCCUCCUCAACCCCUGGACCGCCGGCGUGAUUGUGUUUAUCUUGGCCAUGAUGACAGUGGAGCUCUUUGGCAUCAUGGGUCUGAUUGGCAUCAAGCUCAGCGCCAUUCCCGUGGUCAUCCUCAUCGCCUCUGUUGGCAUCGGAGUGGAGUUCACCGUCCACAUCGCCCUGGGGUUCCUUACGGCCAUCGGAGACAGGAACACCCGCUCGGCCGUGUCCCUGGAGCACAUGUUCGCCCCUGUGAUGGACGGCGCCAUCUCCACUCUGCUGGGGGUGCUCAUGCUGGCCGGCUCCGAAUUCGACUUCAUCAUGAGAUACUUCUUUGCCGUGUUAGCCAUCUUGACGCUACUGGGCAUCCUGAACGGCCUCGUGCUGCUGCCCGUGCUUCUCUCACUCAUGGGCCCGCCGGCUGAGGUCACUCCGGCCGACAACGCCAGCCGCCUGGCCACGCCGUCCCCGGAGCCACUCCCACCUCCCAUGAGUCACCAUAGCUACUACAGCGGACACGACCUCAGGGGCGUGCGCCAGCAGGCCUUCUCUGAGUCCUCUGACUCGGAGUACUACUCGGAGACGACCACCACGUCGGGGAUCGGUGAGGAGGAGUACAAGUACUGCGACCGGAGCGCGUACAUCACAACGCCGGUUGGGGUGCCCACCUCGCGCAUCCUGCUCGAGGCCAGCAAGAACCCCAGCUUCCCCAAACUCACAGUGGUGAAGCCUUACAAUGAGACGCCGGCCAAGCUGAAAGGUCAGAUGAGCGAGUCAGCCCAAAACGCGGUCAACUCGGUCAGCUCGCAGAUCAGCCGAUGGGACGGCAAGCAGGAGUACCAGGGAGCCAGGAGGCAGCAUUUGCCCAGCGGCACGGCCCACUGCCCUGGGAGGACUAAUCACUCGGGCACCGGGUCUCAGCAGUGCCGCGGGCCGCAUCAAAACAGGACUAAGGUUCCGGGCCACAGCGCCGGAGUACUGCAGCGGCCCGGCAAUGCCGUAACCAUGGUUACCGCCACAGCCUCCGUGACGGUAGCAGUGCACCCCAGUUUGCCGGGGUCGUACCAGGGUUACAUGCACGAGGGCUUUGAAGACAGUGAACUGGACUCUUUUGAGGAGACUAAAAGGACUUCGCAGUCAUUUGGGAAAGCCACACAAUCUUUCAAGACAGAGUCUUUGGAACUCCAAGACCUGGAAUCUGUAGAAAAGAACCAGAAUGAAGCUAACCAGGCUCUAGGUGGUCCUUGGAUCCAAGCAGCCAAAGAUUGCUAGACGCUACCCAACCCCCCCCCCCCCCCCCCCCCACCCCUAAUGUUUUUGUCUGGAAUCUGUCUCUGGCUGUCUUUGGGAAGUCCCCACCUCCAGCCUCUCCACUUUGAACUGUACAUAGACCUCACAGACGAGAGGAUUUAUUUUAAGAAAAGAUAUUAAAAGGUCUUGUUUUUAAAAAUAUAUAUAAAUAAAUUUAUAAAUAUAUAUUUUAAUACUAAAAAGAGGGAAAACUUAUUUAAAAGAGUACUGUAUAACGUGUGUAUUCUCUUGUAUAAAAGUCAGAUGUAUAAGAGGAUUUGGGGGGUUGUCUCCCCCAGUGUAUAGAUACAAAUGUGCUAUAUGUAAAAAUGUAAGAGUGAAAUGGUAAAUAUUAGGUUAUUGAAAAUUAAAGGUCAGUGUUUCUGUUCUUAUUUUGCUGCUACACUUCAAAUUUGAAAUGGUUUGCCUUGAAAAUAUGCAGUACCCUCUUCCCCAAAUUGUAAAUUGAAAAAAAAAAAACAAGAUCUUACACUGCAGCCAAUAGCAGGCUUUUCUUUUUUAUUCAAAGGUGAUGCCUUGUCUUUGAUUGCACUGCACAAAUGCAAACAGGCAGAAACUCCAGGCCUCUGUUCUCACUCUCAUUCUCUUCCAUAUUUUAAAUAGCAAGUUAUCAUGUGGGAUUUCUUCCUUUUUGUUUUAAUGUUGUUGUUUUUUUCCAGACUUUGCAUCUGCAAAUGUAAAAAAAAAGAAAACGAUAGCAGCCAUUGUGCCUUCAUGAUGUUCUUUUCUGAUUAACUGUGCAUUCAAAUGUUCAUGUUUUUGUAUCAGGAUCUGGGUGUGCCAUACGAUCCCCUCAUCAGCCAUCUAAGAAACCAUACCUUCACUCUGUGGUUGCUUGUGGUCCCUUAUCAUUUAAGGGCAUUUUUUAUUUGUUCUGUUAUUGGUUUUUGUAAUUGUUGUUGUUGUUCACAAGUUAUGUCUAGAUGGUAAAAAAACGAUUGAAAGGGACUCAGUUAACAGUAGCUGAAUCCCCUCUUGUCUUGGUUCUUAGUUGAUGAUGCACACAUGCACAUUUCCUUUGUCUGUUACCUGAACAGUUUUCGUUUUCAAAAGUCCUGUGGGCUUGGCUGUGAUGGGUGGUGCGCAGCAGGGUGGAUGCUCCGCCACUGACUGCACCUCCCUCAGCCUCUCCCAUCACUACGCUGUCACCUCAUCUCCGUGUCAUUUUGCAGUUGACGUGUUUUAUACUACUUGAAGGAGUCGCAAGAUAAGCCUUUUGGGGUUUUUUUUGUUUUGUUUUCAGUUGUGUUUUUUUUUUUUUCUUUGGUUAUUUUAAGUAGUUGGGUGCACUGAAAGUCUGUCAUUCCAUCUCUCAUCCCACAGGGAGACUCGGGCGGAGGCAAUAUGUGACAGAUUUUCUCUUUUUUUUCCACCCAAUUUCCUUCUGAAAGGGAAUAUACAUGCAAAGGGAGUUUUUUUUUUGUUGUUUUUUUUCUAUUGUGUUGUUUUACUCUUGUUGGCUGCUGUAGGGUUGCGGCGUCCACUGCCGAGGCUUCCACAAGGCCAGGGAGGGAGGGAGGGCAGGCAGAGGGUUUGCCGUGGAGUGGGCCUUGGGCUUCUCUGGUGCUCCUUACUAAGGCAGACACAUGGUGUGGCUCAAGACAGUGUGUCUGUGAAGGCUUUACUAUUAUGUAUACCUUCAUGCAGUGCAGUCUUUCUUGAGGUGGGAGGAGGUGUGGGGAGCAAGGCAAACUCAACUCAAACACAUAUUUCAGUAUUGGUCACAUCACUGCCAGUUAUAUUAAAAUAAAAGCAGGGACAUGUAUUAGAUUUAAGUGGCAGCUUAUGUUUUUGUAAGACGAGAAACUUUAAGUAGCUACUGAAUCGCGAAAAGGAACUAAACAGAGUCAAAAAAUCAUCCUACAUUCACAGCUAAACUACAGGAGUGUAAAUUAUAGGAAGUAAAGGGCAGGGGUGGGGGUCCUGCAUAGGGUUUGUAGUUUUAUUUGAAAUGUAUGUCAUGCCAUAUAAAUUAUUUAAAUUAAAUUUUUAUUUUUGUAGUUUGUACAGAUGUUAGUCAUUUAGACUGAAGUUCUAUUUUUAAAGAGUAAAUAUAUUAUAAAUAUAAAUCUAUCUAUAUAUAAAUAUAUAUAUAAUUAUAUCUAUUUGUUGUUGAGGUUUUUGUUUUGUUUUUUGAUUUUGUUUUGAGGCCAGGGGAAGGCAUCUAUAGUGGGUAGAAAAGGGGUGUUCUGCCCAUGUUUUACUUGUUUUGGAGAGAACAGCACACUUGGAAUAUGAAGGAGAGGUGACGCUGUCCACCUUUGUGUAGUUUCCCGGCCUUUCCUUCUCCAUGAAAAGUUGAUGGUUUGGUUCUCUUUUUGUGUCAAUGUCUAAAACACUGUGACUUCAGAAAAGUAUGUUCAACAAACAACAACAGAACUCUUGUGUGACCAUCAUUGUCCUUCACCCUUUAUAGGAAUUUAACUAACAAAAUACA